AUGUCAGACUCGCCUGGGUCACGACGACGACAGCCCCAUGCGUCUCAGCGACACUUGCAGCAAACCAAUACACCAGCGGAAGGCACUAGUAGCUCCACAAGGCGGGAGCGUGAUAUUGAAGAGCCAGGCCGGCGACGCUCGUCGUCUCCAUCGAAGCCCGGAAUGACAUCUACUGCCGCUACCCCAGGAGCAGGCGAGUCAUCGUCGUCUGCAGCAUCCUCGAAGGCUCGACCAGAUAGGAAGCGGCCGAGCUCUCCGACAUGGGAUGAGGCUGCCUCAUCGAGUGGGAAUCCGGGGGAAGAAUCGAUGAUCUUGCGGCGUCGCGAAGCCAACCGUCUAGCGGCCCAGCGAUUUCGCAAUCGAAAGAAGGGAUAUCAGGACAGUUUGGAGGAAAGGAUCCGCGUGCUGGAGGAAGAACGUGCGAUCCUGAACAGGAGGUUGGAGGAUGCAGAAGAGGGUCACGCUGGACGAGGAUACCACGGUCCGCAUGCUGGCGAGCAUCUGAUGAGGCGCUUCGAUCAGAGCCCCUCUGUCAUCCCGGGUGCUCCUGGUAGAUCGGCGUCAACGAGUCGACUUUCCCGGUUCGCUUCGCCGUCCACGGCUGACGCAGAGCUCCGAGUUGCAAGUCUGGAGUCGGCGAACAGGCGACUUCAAGAUGAACUCAAGCGUGCCUCGGAAAGGAUAAGCUACCUCGAGUCCAAUCUCGACCAAUGGGUAAAGUGGGAACAGAAUCUGCGGUUCCAGAGCGCGGACGCUGGCGGGGACAUUAGAAGGCGAAGCCCUCGACAACCCUCUCCGCGGAUAUCGGUCCCUACGGCACUACCUCCCCCGCUACCUCCCGCGCCAUCACCCGUAGUGCACCAAGGGCCGCGUCGACCAGUGUCGCCUGUUCGAUCUCCUCCUCGUCUAGGUGGCUACGAUACCCGAUCACCCUACCCGUCAGCUCCCCCGCACACAGCUCCGCCUGCUGCUCCUUCCUACUCUGCCCCGCGCUAUGGAAGGGAGAGAAGCAGUUCCGUUGGAAUGGGCGGACCGUAUCACAGCAGGUCUGGACUCCAACUGCCACCUUUGCAACCUCCGCCCCAUGGCCUGUCACCUCCCCAUCCUCACAGCGGGCCACCUCCGCAGAUGUACUCGCCCUAUCAUGAGCGGCCACCACCGAGCUGGUCACCACCCCGGGAUUUAGGUCCCCACGGACCCCGUGGACAUCCAUCUCAUGGCCAUAGCGCGCAUCCGAGUCACAGUCGCCGUUAUGACUGA